ACUGCAUCAACUUCGACUCUCCAACUGAGCGAUCGAGCAAGUUUUCCGGUUCCGUCAAGUCUUUUCCGCUGCCUGUCGCGUAGCGAUCCUGAGCGAGUUGGCAGACAGGCCACAUCAAAAAUGAAUAAGGUAACAUUCAAGAUUACGCUAACUUCGGACCCGAAGCUGCCAUUCAAAGUGCUCAGCGUUCCCGAAUGCACACCGUUCACAGCGGUGCUAAAGUUCGCUGCAGAAGAAUUCAAGGUACCCCCCGCAACAAGUGCAAUAAUUACCGAUGAUGGCAUUGGCAUUAACCCCUCUCAAGCAGCAGGCGACAUCUUUCUCAAGUACGGGUCUGAACUCAGACUCAUUCCUCGAGACAGGGUUGGAUAUUCCAGUUAACUAAUGCGUCUCAAUACUAUGAAGCCGACUAAGUUUCAUGCAAGAGUGGACGUUUUCAAGUGAUGCAGACGGAGGGUGCUGGUGUGUCUGCACGAACAAGCCGGUGAAUGCUUCACCCCAAAAUUUGUUGAAAACAACGAUGCCAUUGCUUUGUCCUACAGUGUCCAGAUUGUCCAUUCCAUGUAACAAGGGGCACCGUGUAAUUGUUUAUUUGGUCCAAUGAUCUUUACUCGAGAAUCUGCGCAGAUUUGUAAUAAAUUUUCACAUUUUAUCGA